AUGCAGCACGCCGCUGCCGCGCCGGCCUCGGUCCUGUCUGGCUGCAAGCUUUCCUACUUUGGAAUCCCAGGUCGGGCAGAAGCGAUUCGCCUCUCCUUGGCCAUUGGCGGCGUCGACUUUGAGGACAAGCGCAUUCCCUUUCCGGAGUGGGGCAAGGUGAAGCACACGACUCCGUGGGCCACCGCCCCUGUGCUGGAGCUCGCCGACGGGUCGGAGCUUGCUCAGGCGCGGAGCAUCUUGCGCUUCGUCGGCAGGCAUGCCGGCCUGUACCCGGCCGACCCGCUCGCGGCGCAGCGAGCGGACGAGCUGAUGGACGCACUCGAGGACCUCGGCGCGAUCGUGACCAGCGUCGGCCAGGGCCUCCCGAAGGAGGAGCAGGAGGCCGCGCGCCGAGCCGCAGUGCCGGAGGGUGGGUCGGUGUACGACUUCCUUGCGAGGCUCGAAAAGUUCGUCGCAGCGCACGGCGUAGGCGGCCACGCGGUGGGCGACGAGCUCGACGUCGCGAGCAUCCUGACGUUCACCGCGCUCGGCAGGCUGGUCGGCGGCGUCUACUUUGGUGUCCCUCCCACAGCAUGCGACCCCUUCCCGCGCCUCCAGGCGGUUCGGAAGACCGUGGGCGCCCACCCUGCUGUCGUCGCGUGGUACCGGGCGCGGGUUGCGCAAACGUCGCUGGAGUCGCUCUCGCCCGCGGAGCGGGUGCUAGCGGGAGGCGCGACAUGA